CAAAGCGGAAGAAAAAUGCGAGUUUUCUCCCUUGGAGCCUUGGAUCAUUGGAGGAGGUCACCGGUGUCAAAGUUCAGAGAGGUGAACUAUUCCGGCUGUUUCGUCUUGUUUGCUGAUUGCUGUUCCUUUUUUUGCUUCGUCGCCAAUCUCCUGCCUGCUUGCAACACCGGCGCUUUCAUCUUUCUGAAAUCCGCGGUUUCUGCCAUCACCAGAAUGUCAAAACUUACCUUGGUUUCGUCAAACAAAUGCUUUGGAGGAGAACAAAGGGUUUAUAGCCAUGAAAGCUCUGAGGUCAACUGCACCAUGAAGUUUGGUGUGUUCCUACCGUCAGACGCACUGGAUGGGAAAAAGUUGCCUGUCUUCUAUUGGCUGUCUGGUUUGACUUGUACAGAGCAGAACUUUAUCACAAAGGCAGGAGGUCAGAGGCUAGGAGCAAAGUUCAACUUCAUUAUUGUCAACCCUGAUACAAGUCCACGUGGCUGCAACAUUGAGGGUGAAGACGACAGCUACGACUUUGGAUCAGGGGCCGGGUUUUAUGUGGACUCAACCACCGACAAAUGGAAGAAGAACUACCGCAUGUAUUCCUACAUCACGAAAGAGCUCCCGGCUCUUGUGAACGAGAACUUCCCCAGCAUUCCAGACAGAAUUGGUAUUUCUGGCCACAGCAUGGGAGGUCACGGUGCCCUGAUCAGCGCCCUGAAGAACCCCGGAAUGUUCCGCUCCGUGAGUGCCUUCGCCCCCAUCUCUCACCCAACCAAGUGCGCCUGGGGAAAGAAAUGCUUCGGUGGAUAUCUGGGCUCUGACGAGAACGUAUGGAGGGAGUACGACGCCACAGAGCUGGUCAAGUCCUACAAUGGACCGCCUCUGGACAUCUUGGUGGACCAGGGUGCUGCUGACAACUUCCUGAAGGAAGGCCAGUUGUUGCCGGAACGCCUCAUGGAGUCGUGCGCCGAGAGCAAGAUGCCGUGCGUCAUGCGUAUGCAGGAGGGUUACGACCACAGCUACUUCUUCGUCAGCACAUUUAUGGAAGACCACUUUGCCCACCACGCCAAGUUCCUCAACAACUGAGCCUGUUUUUGGAAAUUUUCCUCAGGACAGAGUCGCUUCCCGCUCUCACUACCGCGCCUAAUGAUACAAUGCGGAUGGGAUGAGUUUGUGCGAAGUAUGUCGCAAGUUUUGUUAUGAUUAAGUCAGUUUGUUGCUAAAGCUUUAUAACGUGCAAACCCAUGAGUAAGUUGAUUUGUUCCAAAAUCUUUAUACCCAAAGAUUAAGUCAAUUUGUUGUUAUAGUUUUGUAAAAUGAAUAUCAUUGUCUUAUUUUAAUGUAUUCAUGAUCAGUAAACAUGUAAUUUUUAUUAUUGUGUUAACAUUGGCCAGUGCUUGGAGCUUGAUAAUGACUGCAGGUCAUUUUUUAUUGUAGUGAAUUCGCUGUUGAAAGCAGCUGUUAUUAUGGUUUUAGACAAAGGACUAUUCAUAACUCGUUGUUGAUUAUUUUGCCGACCCUUGAAUGCAGACAUUUGUUUAUGUUUGAGAUAAAGGUGCUGGAGAGACUUAACUUAUAUCCUGUAAUAAUGAGGAAGGGUAAUUAAUUAUUCAGAAAUCAUUAACCCAUCAAGGAAGCAUUUUUAUAACUUCAAGGGCAAACAGUAUACAUAAACGCCAGUUAAAAUCCAAUUAGAUUCAAACAGUUGUUCGUUGAAAAAUCUUGUGGAGAAAGUAUCCCUGACUAAAUGAAUGGACUACAAUAGAUUGAACAUCCCGCAUCCUAAAUGAUUCAAAUUGUGUAGAUGUCAAUGGGAAAUUUAAAUCACAACAACUUUACUGUUGAUCAGUAUUUUUUGUUGAAGUUUCAUCAAGUAGGCUACUCAAAGUGUGGCGUACAGUACCAAGCUCAUACAUGAAUACAGUCAGUAAGUGAUUCGGCUCGUGUCUCGGGGAUACCAUUUGUAUUGACGGCUUCAGGUGGUUUAGGCUGAGAUAUAUUACCUGUGCAUGUACUUACUACUUACACUUACUAAUACUAUAGACUGUCAGUGCAUCUUCUCUGGUGGUAAUGGAUACUGUCUAUUUGUGUGGCACAGGGUUGGUGAUUUUUUUCAUAAAAAUAAAAAAAAUCGAUUUUUUAAAUUUAAAUCAUGA